GAAACACUGUGAUGUGAAGAUGCAAAUACAUGUUGAAAAAAGAGGCACCAAAAUCAUCUCUCUCGCUUAAUGAUACAGAGUCUAGCGAAUUUGAUUCAUCUAAUCAGUCGCGAGUGCGAAAAUUUCCUUGCCAAUUGAGAAAAUAAACCACGAACUAUUGGAUUUAGUGGAAGUUUUGUUAGUGCAGCACGAUUUCAUUGAGUGGCUGAUUCUUCUACGGUGUCCUUCGUCUAGAGAAAAUGUCGAAGAUUGUGCAAAGUGCGAGGAAAACGAUAGAGAAGGGUAACGCAAUCCCUUACUGAGUGCUGAUAUACUGAAGCAGAAAGAGGAAAAAUCCUUGUGCAGAAUAAUCAUAAAGUUAAGUUGUGUGCUGAGGCUGAAAAUUACCCUCGAAAGCAGAAUAGAAUUCAGUGUUGAAUAUAUAUUUCAGAAAAAUAAUUACUGAAGAAAAGGAAAACUGAGUGUCAUAGAGUGAAUAAUCUCAUUAUCUAGAUUUACACCACUUAUUGUGAAUGUGUGAAGCUUUGCAUACGACGUCGUUUGUUUAUAUCGUGUUUCGGUAGUUAUUUCAUAAGUUUAGUUUUUUAGAGUUUGCGGUUGUGCAUUUAUAUUUAAAACGAAAAACAAAGAAGUCGUAACACGACAAUUUCAGUAUCGGAAGAAUACUAUAAAAUAUCCAAAACCUAUACCAAAAAUAUGGAUACCAAAGCGACGACAACAACGUCUACCACAUAUCCUUCAACGCCGCCUUAUUCGAAAGGGACUCGAUCGUCGCAUCAGUAUUUUAGCUUACGAUGGAAUAACUAUCAGUCGAACAUGACCUCGGUGUUUCAUGAGCUGCUGGAGACCCAAUCUUUUGUCGAUGUCACCUUAGCAUGCGAGUACAAUUCACUGAAAGCACACAAGGUAGUGCUUUCCGCAUGUUCUGCAUACUUUCAAAAAAUACUAUUGGACAAUCCGUGCAAGCAUCCAACGAUUAUCCUACCAGCGGAUAUAUGUUUCUCAGACCUGCAGUUUAUAAUUGAGUUUGUAUACCGAGGAGAGAUCGAUGUUUCAGAAGCCGAAUUACAGAGUCUAUUACGAACGGCUGAGCAGCUCAAAAUCAAAGGAUUGUGCGAGGUAGGAGAACCUCAGUACGAACAGGACUACUCCCCCUCUAUCAAGCGCUAUAAACCAUAUCGUUCACGAUCGCCAGACAAUCGUCACCCACCUCCCUCCGGAUCGCAGCAACCAUCGGCGAACUCCCGGAACAGUUCUUCGUCCACCUCACAGAGCAACAAUAACCAAAGCGGGCAGGAUUCCAAAAGUGGCCACAAAUCGUCGUCUGGCAGGAGCUACAAUAGCAAUUCCGAAUCGGCCCAGGCUGAUAAUGGAUCGUCGCCUAUAGUCGUCUUAGAAUCACGUGAUUUAACUUCGACACCGGGCAAAGAAAGAAAAGGCAAAAUGACGAGUCUUGGGAUGGGAGUCGGAAUAAACGGAUCUGUAAUGGGCGUUUCCAUGGGUUAUCUGGAUUUUGCUCCUGAGCCUCCGGCUCCAACGGCGACGCCAGUGACAGAACAUGUUGACAUCAAUUGUGCUCCUAGCCAUGAUACGCGUGAUCUGUCCAGUAAGUAUUCUAUUCCUAACAACGGUGACAUACGGGUUAAAUUCGAAACUCUCCGAUCACUGGAUCCGCAAGACGCAAUUCAACUAGAUAAUCAAGUCGCCCACCAGAUGCAUGCACAACAGCAGCAGCAGAUUCAGCAUCAACAAAUUUUGCACCAACAACAGCAACAACAUUUGUUGCAACAGCACCAGCAGCAUCAGCAACAUCAGCAGCAGCAACAGCAACAACAGCAACAACAACAGCAACAACAACAGCAACAGCAGCAUCAACAUCAGCAACACCAGCUUCAAGUGCAGCAGCAGCAGCAGAGACAAGCGUCUCAACAGCAACAGCAGCAGCAAACAGAUCAACGGUUAUCGCCUCAUCAACCAUCACCUCAACAAGCACCUCAACAUCAACAGCAUGCCCUCCUCAUCGACCAACAAUCACAGCACUCACACCACUCCACCCAUAGUCCAGUAUCGAAUGCUUCCAGCUCAUCGAGUCAGCAUCACCCGGAGAACUUGGUUACUGUUGCUUCCAAUACCACCGAUAAUAGCGGUCCGCUAGAGAUGAAAACACGGAUUACGCUGAAACAGGAAAUUUUAACUGAUGCCGAUCAGCAACAGCAGCAGCAACAACACCAAAUGGAGGUCGAACAGGAUCAAUCCUCGAUGCAUGGAAUGGUUGUAACACCGGAGAUCUCCGGAAUGAUGAGCCAGAGUCAGAUGAGCGAUAUCUAUCAAUCGGAUGCCAGUGAAGACUCCAAAGUGGGCAUACUGGACGGUUCGUCGAUACAGUACACGAACCUGACGAGCCCGAACGCAAGUGAUCCUAAAACGCCAAGUGGACCAAAGACAUGGACGGCAGAGGACAUGGAAUCGGCGCUGGAUGCACUCCGAACUCACAACAUGAGUUUGACCAAGUCUAAAAAAACUAAAUUAAAGGCUUCCGCUACCUACGGUAUACCGUCAACGACCUUGUGGCAAAGAGCACAUCGGCUUGGUAUUGAUACCCCAAAGAAAGAAGGACCGUCUAAAACGUGGAACGAGGACUCGCUUAACAGCGCCCUAGAGGCACUCCGUACCGGAACGAUAUCGGCGAACAAAGCGUCGAAGGCAUUCGGUAUACCGUCUUCCACCUUGUAUAAGAUAGCGCGACGCGAGGGAAUCCGACUUGCUGCACCCUUUAAUGCUGCCCCCACUACAUGGUCUGCGGAAGAUCUAGAUCGUGCCUUGGAAGCUAUCCGUGCUGGGCAAACUUCUGUCCAGAAAGCCAGUACCGAAUUUGGCAUCCCGACCGGUACACUGUACGGACGCUGUAAGCGGGAAGGAAUUGAGCUGUCGCGAUCGAAUCCGACGCCGUGGUCGGAGGAUGCGAUGAUGGAAGCGUUAGAGUCUGUGAAGCAAGGGCACAUGUCAAUAAAUCAGGCUGCCAUCCACUACAAUUUACCUUACUCUUCGCUGUACGGACGAUUCAAACGUGGCAAAUACGACACUCCGAGCAGUGCGAAUGCGUCGCACGCUAAUCACAGUGGUGGAGGAGCCGGUGGAGGUGGUAACGUCGGCGGCAUCAGCGGAAUAGGAGGCAAUGUGGCGACAUCGGCAGUGACGAUGGCCGGCGUUACCAGCAGUCCACAGAUGGAAUUUAAAAUAGAACCUCAGCAUAAUGAGCAUAGUCCAGAGAACACGCAACAUUAUAACCCUGCGCUUACAACAUCACUCCCAACGUCGUCUGCGCCGCCAUCGACACAAAAUCAUCACGUCGUACCGUCACCAUCGCCAGUAAAUAUCCACAUCAUAAACGCGAACCAUCACCAUCAUCAGCUGCAGCCGACUCCACCGCCACCGCAUCAAGCAGUUGCCACAACGCAUCACACCACCCUCCAGGGAGCACAACCGCAGCUCAUCCAGCAUCACAUCAUUCCGCAGCAGCACCACAUCAUUUAUCAGCAGCCGCUGCAACAACUCCAGCAGCAACCACAGUACCAUCCGAUGUAUCACAUUAUCAAGCAAGAGAACGAUAGGAGUUGAAACUAUCAACAACAUUCGUUGUCACCAACAUCGUCGGCAGCGUCAUCGCCACCUCCUUUUUCUUCCUCUUCAACAGCAGCAACAGCAUCGACGCUAACUCAUUUAGUAGGAGCAACAAUAAGAACGAGACAUGAUGUCGAACAACAACAACAACAACAGCAGCAUUUUCAGCAUCGAAACCAUAUGCAUCACUACCAUCGCCACCACCAUCAGCAAUAUCAUUAUCUGCCUCGUACUUUCCCCCGUUACCACCACCAUAACGAUAGUAAUGAUUCUCUUGCUAACCGACUUGAGGUGCUCUCAAAUGCUGUGCAUGAGGCUCCAAAGUCAGCUGCUCCGCUGAUUGCAAAAUCCUACGAAGGAAAACGGAAAAGCUUUAUGGAUGAAAAUAGCAGAAGCGAUCACAACAAUUACUAUCAGGAUUCGAAUCGAAACAUAUGCGUUGAUGAACAACAACAACAAGAUCAACGCGUUCGUCCAGCGGGGAGAAGAGGUGGCAAAAAACAUAGAAGAUCCAUUCAGAGGGACGCAGAAGAUCUUGCUGAUGGGGGGGAUGUGUGUUAUGCUGAACGAUACUUUGAAUGUAAUAAUGGCGAUGGAGGUUAUUACAAUGAUAAUAACAAUAAUUGUAACAAUAAUAGAAGUAGUAGCAUUCGAAUUGUCAAAGUGGAAGAAAAUGAAAUACUAGAAAAAAACAUAACUCUUCCAUUGUAAUAAAAGAAAAAAAUGACUGUACACAAGUAAAAGCAAACAGCUGCUAUCGAUCAAUAAAAUGAGAAUGUGGGUAUUAUUUUAUAUAAGAGAAGAAAAGCAUAACAAAAUCGAUUUUCUGGUUCUCAGGAUUUAGUUUUAACUUCCCCCGAUUUGCAUUUUUUAAAAUUUAGUAAAAUGCUAAGUUAACUCUUCCUAGAGACGACACGCCGCAUAUUAGAGAGAGCGACAUGAGAGAGAUGCAAUAGUUUAAACAUGAAACUGAGUGACGAUGUUGUUAUAAAAAUACUUAUUAGUUGAUAGUGAAUUAAAGAAAAACAAAAAUCGGGCGAGAUCAUAUUUUAUAAUUUUAAACAUAAACCAUUUAUGCCCACAUUAUUAUUCCUGUUAGUUAUAUUCAAGCUAGGAGAAAACAAUAGUCAAUAGUCAAAAAAAAAAACUACUGGUUGAUACGAAAUGUUUUUUUCCCGGAAAAUCAUUUACGAUGAAUAAAUACUUCGAACUAGAAUUGUUCGAAGAAGUUUUUUAACAGUAAAGUUUAAUUAUUCCUACUUUUACUAAUAUCGUUACUUUUUAGUGUUUUAUAAUUUAUAUGUGAACAUCUUUUGAUUUUCAACACAAAAAGUAGUUGCAGUUAGAACACACACACACAAACACACCCACAGGAAUGCGAGAACGUAUAAAUCAAAGUUAUGUUUCUUCUCUAUGAUGUUAACUUGAAGCUUUUGAACGAUUUUUUUACCGCUUGUCGCAAGCGUAAUGAUUUAGCGCGCUGUUAUAUUGUUCUUUUAUUUCUCAAGAAACUUAGUUUCAGGAACUCAUUUAGAUUAUAUCAAGUAUUUAAGGCAUAUCUAAAAUCAAGCGCCUUACGUGUCGGCAAUGUUUUAAAACCCUUACUGAUUUCAGUUAUUACUAAAAAAGGGGAAUCGUGAGAACAAACACAUCAACACAUUUCGCUCGUUGUAUUGCUGAAGAUCAAAUCCCGAAUAAUUAUUGUCUGAUUUUCCCCGAUGGUGAUAGAAAAAGGCGCGUAUCCACGCGAGCGAUAUUUUACUCUGUGUAGCGAAGAAUUAUAUUUUGUUUGUUAAUACAUGCUGGAAACACACGGGCUGGAAAUUUUGGUUUGCAGAGCGACUAAGUCAGAGUGCAAUGACCGAUUUGUUUGGAAUCAGAACAAAGCAAAAAUAAAAGUAUCACUCGGUAGGGAAAAAAUAACACCUGAGAGAAAAAUAUUAGCAUAAUUCACUUACUGUGCGUAGGACGAAGAAACAUCUUUACUAGAUUUUAUUAUGGAAACAAUAAAAGAAAAAAAAACUGCAAGUAAAACUAGCGACUUAUGAGAUUGAUCGAUUAGAUAUUAUUGAAAUCCCUAGAUUGUAGGUAGGUAGGAACCUCUCCUAUGAAGCAUAUUAUACUUCGGUCGGGGAAUCUUAAUCGUAAAAUCAACAGGUUAAGAAUGUUUCACCGUAUUAUUCUGUUAAAAGAGUAAAUAAAAAAAACCAGAACUGAAAGAGACCCUCUGAUCGUGUAAGCAUAUAGUUUCUCGCAUGUCAUUGACAUUUCGCGUUUUUUUUUGUCAAGCUUAUUUCCUAAAUACGAAUCGAUAAGUGUAGCAUUUAGUUGUUGUUAGGCAAUGAGAAUAUUGCACAUCCAGUUCCAUUACACACAUUGAUUGAUGAUCACACAAGAUAAGCACCGAGAGUAGAACAUUCAGAAAAUCAAAGAAAAUAUAAUACGAUGAUUUUACGUCACUUCCGAUCUUCUUGUGUUUUAUUCAUCGGUGUUCGCUAUUUUGGUUCUGUUAUUUUUAUUUUUGUACACCGUCAGUUUGUUUCAAGAAUUGGAAUCGUUUCAUCGACUACAGCAAAAUACCAACAUAGUCGAGCACACUGAAAUUGGUAUGAAUAAUAAUAAUCGUACUGCAGCUUCUAUAGAACAAAUAGAAAAAAUAGCCAAUUCGAAAACAAAACAUGAUAUCGUCAACUGUUUUCAAAUAUGCAAAUAUGUAUAGUAUCACUAUCGUCACCUUACAACAGUAAAAAAAGCAAGUCAAAAUCAAAAGUGUGGAGAAACAGAUAAAACCUUCCGUUCAUAAUUUAUUGAGAUAAUACUAUUGGGUUAGAAAGCAACAUCAAAAAUAAUAUAUUGAACAUUAUGAAAAUCAAUUUGAAUAAAGAAAAACCAGAAUUUGAGGGUCGUGUACAUUUUACAAAAGGAAUAUAAAACACUGGAACACAGAGAAAAUUUAACAUACAACUGAUAUGUGUACAAAACUAAGCAAGAAAUAUAUACAUACAUGCAUUAUAUUAUAUAUACAUAUUAUAUGUGAAAAUGAAAAAACAAAACAGGAUAUUUUAAAUUAAA